ACUGAGGCAGCACAUCCGCAGCCCACCCCGUCUCUCACAGGCACAAUUUACCUGCAUGUUCCCCAAAUACGCCGUCGCUCAGUGAAGAGAUGGGUCUUUUCCAGCCGGAGGUCAGUCUGCCGGUGAUCGUCUCGCACGUCUGCAGGAUGAGGACUGCCUGGCUGCUGCUUGUCGCCGGGCUGUGUGCGUUCGGAGUCACGUCUUCGCUGAAAAUCUGCGCUUUCAAUGUUCAGAGUUUUGGUGAAUCAAAGGCAAACAACAAGAGGGUCAUGGGUGUCCUACUAAAGAUUCUCUCUCGGUGCGACUUGUGCCUCAUUCAGGAAGUCCGAGACUCUAAAGGAGAAGCAAUACCAGCUUUGGUGAAGGAUCUCAACAGAUUUGACAAAUCCAACUCCUAUUCCUAUGUGGAAAGUGAAAGACUUGGGAGGAAGAGCUACAAAGAGCAAUAUGUCUACAUUUACAGGAAUAAUAUGCUAAAGGUCAGGGAGCACUUCCAACAUCCUAAACUGGAGGGAGAGGGAACCACUGAGACAGACGUUUUCUCCAGAGAGCCUUUUGUCAUCCGUGUUCACUCCCCCACCACAUUGGUGAAGGACUUUGUCUUGAUUGGGCAACACACGUGUCCCAAAACAGCCAUGAAGGAGAUUGAUGAGCUGCACAGCGUCGUCAAACGGGUUCGCAACAGGUGGAAAACUGACAAUGUGAUCAUCUUGGGGGACCUCAAUGCCGGCUGCAGCUACGUCACCAUUAAAGGGUGGAAAUCCGUGCGCCUGAGGAACGACCCCAAAUUUCAUUGGCUAAUUGGAGACGAGCAAGACACGACGGUCAGAGAGAAGACGCGGUGCGCCUACGACAGGAUCAUUGUGCACGGACGGGAGAUUAUUUCCGGAGUGGUUCCUGGUUCAGCUCAAGCAUUUAACUUUAAGGAGAAUUUCCAUCUCACAGAGCAAGAGGCUCUUCAAGUGAGUGACCACUUUCCUGUGGAAGUUGAUCUGAAGCCCACUCACCGCUACCUCCUCCGGAACGAGCUGUAGAUCACCGCAGAGGAGCUUUACCAAUGAAUCUUUUAGGUUAAAACUGUAAUUUCUGCUCUGUUUUAUUUAUUUUUUAGAUUAAAGCAAAACAAUGAACAGAAA